GCGCCUCUUGUGGGCAUGUCACAAACUAAUAUGCGUCAUUUGUACUUGAUUAUGGUGUGUUAUUCGAGACGUGUUUGUUUCCAAAAUUUUAUUUAUUAACUUGUAUAAGUCAUAUACCUAGUGAAUAAACAUAUUUAUUAUUAAUAUUUAUGAAGGUGGACAUUACGUAUUUUGUUAAUUCGUAAAGAACACAAUGAAACAAACAACAAACGAAAAGUCAAAGAAAAAUGGUUUUCAUCUAGAUGAUGAUAAUGUACGAUAUAAAAUCAACAAGGAAUAUUUUAAUAACGCCAAUAAGCAAACGUCUAAAACCAUUAAAAAGCAGAACAUAAUUGAACAAGAUGAUGACAGUGUUCGGUAUAAAUUUCCAACAACUCCAACACCAUCAAAAUCAAAAUUAUUGGAACGAAAACCCAAACCUAAGCCCAAAAUUAAAGUUAACUUUUGGAGUAAUAAACAAACAGUAAACAGACUUAAUAAAGCUGAAGUAAGAAAAAACAACAUUCGCAGGCAUACUGUCAUAGGCAGUAAUGAUGAACUCGCUAGUAAACCAAAAUCAUCUGCCGUCAAAGUCCGCAAACGUGUAUCCUUCCUGCCUUCCCCACUCUUUUUGGAAAAUCAUAUACCAAUGGUUACUGUGCCUGAUGAUUUGACAAUACAAUUAAAUGAAGAAGAAGCUAAUGACCUAGGUGAAGAUCUUAACCUUGCAUUUAGUAAUAAUAAAUCAGCUGAAAAUAAAUCUAAUGACAAUACUGGGAGAAAAGGAAGAAGUUCAACAACGCAGACCAGUCCUAGAGUUGCUAAACGUAAACAUAAUUCUGAAGAUUCAGAUACCCGAUCUCAAGGUAAUGAGUAUGAAUUAGAAUUCUUUUCAAAAUAUGUAGUUCAAAAACUUAGAAGAAUGGAGACAAAUCAGAGAAUUUACUCUGAAAAUUUAAUUAACACAGUUCUUAUGUUAGGUCAACUCGGUGAAUUGAAUGGUAAAUCAAAAAUAGGUGAAGCAUAAUAUAUUUACAUAUUUAUUUAAACUACUCUAUACAAUAUAUUUACAAUGUAUUAGUGAAUAACACCAUUUUAAAUAUUUGGAUACCUUAUUUUCAUAAAGGAAUGCUGUUUAAUAAUAUAUUUAUAAUAUAGGCAUAAAAAUUAUGAGACCAUUUCCAGCUGUUAUACUUAUACAUAUAGAUAGAUAUAACUUGAGGUUCUAGGUUAAAGUUGGUUUUAAAUAAAAUAAAAACCUGUUUUUGAAUUAAUAGACUGUUUAAGAAUUUUGAAAAUGUUAAAAGCACUUAUUGUUUUACAAUAAUUUGUGGUUUAUUUGUUCCAAGAACUACAAAAACACUUGAAGUUUGAAUUAGUUUGAGAUUGAAGUUAGUUUAAUUGUUGUUUAUAACAUUCAAUUUGUAUGAAACUAUUUCCUAAAUCUUUCAAAUUGGUGAUCAAUGAAGUUAAAGUAUACUUUUAUUAUUAAAUUAUGUUGUACAUUAUUCAGAUUUAUCUAAAAAUGAUAUCUAAAUAAAACAUAUUCUUUAUUAAAGAGUUAAUUAGCAUGUUGCAUAUAUUUAUAUAUUGUGUUUUGAACUUGAAUAUUUAUUCUGUCUCUAAAUGACUAAUGAAUUAUAUUACUCUAAGUAAAAAAAUGUGUUAAAAUAUGAGUAAAGUUAACGUAAAGUUAUCUAUGAAAUGUUAGUUUGUUCUUAAUUUAACCAUUCAUAUUAAAUGAAAAGGUUUCUGUGAUGUUUUUGCAUGAAAAGUAUAUUAACAUUGUUUUAUAGUAAACUUUCAUAAUGUGCUAGUUGAAGCUAGAUUAUUUCCUAUGAAGCGCACAGCUUAAAUUAUUUAUAUUUACUGUUCAUGUAAAUUAAGUAAGAAAAAAAGUAUUUGUUUAUAAUGGUUCUAUAAUAUUCAGGCAUUUUGAUUUUUUCAAAAAAAGAAUUGUUAGUUUUAUUUUAUUGUGAAUAAUUAUGAGUUUUAUAUUUCGAUGUUUAUGUUAGGUUAGUGAAUUUGUUUCACAGUACACUUUUCGAACUCUGUUGAGUGAAAACAUUUUUAGGGUUUUCUGUUGAUGGUCCGGUUUGUUUGUAUGAGAAUGGACUGCCUUACUAAUAAAUCAUUUUCGACGAA